CUCACCUUCCUCAAAACCUACCCACACGACAAAAUCUCCCAACAAUAAUUAAAAUCAAUUUGAAAUCGGAAAAUCGUAAAAAGGGUGGAUUUGAGAAGAUACCCAGAUCGGAAAACUGUUCAGAAUUCCAAUGAGAUGAAUUUGAGGCAGAGACCAGUACCCACGCGCGGCCGUGGGAAUUCCGACGCGCCGUCACAGGCGGCGAGGCUUGAGGAGCCGUAUAAUAUAAUUCCGAUCCACAGUUUACUUUCUGACCACCCGUCUCUUCGGUUUCCGGAAGUUAGAGCUGCCGCGGCCGCUCUACGCGCCGUCGGGGACCUCCGGCGGCCGCCGUUCCGAGAGUGGCGAGAUGGGAUGGACCUUAUGGAUUGGCUUGGUGCGUUUUUUGGGUUUCAAACCGACAACGUUCGGAAUCAACGGGAGCAUCUUGUCCUCCACCUUGCUAACGCCCAAAUGCGCCUCUCUCCGCCGCCGGCCAUCGUCGACAACCUCGACCAUGGUGUUCUCCAGCGGUUUCGCCGGAAACUUCUCCGGAACUAUGAAUCUUGGUGCUCUUUCCUCCGUAAAAAAUCACAGGUAAAAAUCGCACAUUUCCGGCAGAAUGCCGAGACCCACCGCCGGGAACUUUUGUAUGUAGCUAUGUAUCUAUUGAUUUGGGGAGAAGCCGGAAAUCUCCGGUUUACGCCGGAAUGUUUAUGCUAUAUUUAUCAUCAUAUGACUUCUGAUUUAAACAAAGUUCUCGCCGGAGAUCCAGAUAAUCCGCCGAUCUCCGGCGAAAACGCUUUCUUGAACAAGAUAAUUACACCGAUUUAUACGACGAUCAAAACCGAAGUUGAAAGAAGUCGGAACGGAAAAGCUCCGCAUUCGGCUUGGAGAAAUUACGACGAUAUAAACGAGUUUUUCUGGAGUCGAAAAUGCUUCAAGAAGCUGAAAUGGCCGUUGGAACUUUCGAGCAAUUUCUUUGUCGAUGAUCCGAAAACCGUGAAUCGAGUCGGAAAGACGGGUUUCGUCGAGCAAAGAACUUUUUGGAAUGUGUUUCGGAACUUUGAUCGGUUAUGGGUUUUGUUAUUCUUGUUCUUCCAAGCCUCGAUGAUCGUUGCUUGGCGAGAAACCGAGUAUCCGUGGCAAGCGGUUGAAGACCGAGAUGUUCAAGUUGAAUUGCUUACGCUAUUCAUCACGUGGGCCGGUCUCCGAUUCGGUCAAUCGGUUCUUGAUGCCGGGACGCAAUACAGUUUGGUUUCACGAGACUCGAAAUUGCUUCUUUUUCGAAUGAUUAUGAAAAGCAUGGUUUCGUUAACUUGGGCGAUGGUGUUCACUGUCUUCUACAUUCAGAUUUGGAUUCAGAAAAACUCCGACGGCGGGUGGUCGGAUGCCGCUAACGACAAAAUCAUCGUGUUUUUGAAAGCGGGCUUGGUUUAUAUCAUCCCGGAACUACUAGCAUUGCUUCUUUUCGUUAUUCCUUGGGUUCGAAACUUCAUCGAAGAAACCAAUUUCAUUGUUUUCGAUGCGUUAACGUGGUGGUUUCAUUCCCGACUCUAUAUCGGCCGAGGUUUACGCGAAGGUUUAGUUAGCAACAUAAAAUAUACGUUCUUUUGGAUCGUUAUAUUGCUAUCGAAGUUUUCGUUCAGUUAUUUUCUGCAAAUUAAGCCGCUCGUUGCGCCUACCAAAGCGCUUUUAAGCCUCGGAAGACUUCGGUAUAAUUGGCACGAGUUCUUCAGCAACACGAAUCGGAUGGCGGUUGUUCUUAUAUGGAUUCCGGUUGUUUUGAUGUAUUUAGUAGAUAUGCAGUUAUGGUAUACGGUUAUUUCAGCUUUUGUCGGAUCGGUCGUCGGUUUAUUCUCGCAUUUGGGGGAGAUUCGGAACAUUGAGCAGCUUCGAUUACGGUUUCAGUUCUUCUCGAGCGCGUUGCAGUUUAAUUUGAUCCCCGAGGAUCAAAUGAUGACUGCAAAAGAUAGUCUCGUUCAGAAGCUUCGUAACGCGAUUCAUCGGAUCAAGCUCCGGUAUGGGCUCGGUCAACCGUUCAAGAAGAUCGAGUCGAGUCAGGUUGAUGCGAGACGGUUUGCCUUGAUUUGGAAUGAGAUUAUUUAUACGAUGCGGGAAGAAGAUUUGAUUAGCGAUGAGGAGGUCGAGUUAAUGGAAUUGCCACCUAACUGUUGGAAUAUAAUGGUGGUCCGAUGGCCGUGUUUUCUUUUGUGUAACGAGCUCCUCCUGGCUCUGAACCAAGCGAUCGAGUACCCCCGUUCACCGGACCGUUGGAUCUGGUUCAGGAUUUGUAACAGCGAGUACCGACGGUGUGCAGUCAUCGAAGCAUAUUGCAGCAUUCGGUUCUUGAUACUCGAGAUCAUUCAAAAUAGAUCAGAAGAACACUCGAUUGUUACGAGAUUAUUCAUGGAAAUUGAUCAUUUUCUUGGGUCCGGCGAGUUUACGAAAGUUUACAAAACAGAAACACUCCCUCGGAUUCACGCACAGUUGAUCAAGCUCAUUGGAAUUCUGUUGUCGGCCGAUCAAAACACAAACAAACUGGUCGAUGUUUUGCAAGCUUUAUACGAGCUCACGGUUAAAGAACUCCCGUGGUCUAAGAAACCAGUGGCUCAGUUGAUCGAAGAAGGUUUAGCUCCCCGGAAUCCGGCCACCACUGAAGACAAUUUGCUUUUUGUGAACCGAGUUCGGUUUCCGAAACCAGACGACGUUUUUUUCUUUCGGCAGCUCCGGCGACUAAACACGAUCCUCACGUCUCGUGACUCGAAGCGGGACGUCCCGAAGAACCUCGAGGCUCGGAGAAGGAUUGCGUUUUUCAGCAACUCGCUCUUCAUGAACAUCCCGCGGGCCCCGCAAGUCGAGAAAAUGAUGGCGUUUAGCGUUUUGACACCAUAUUAUGAAGAGGACGUUCUUUAUAAAAAAGAAUCUUUACGAACACCGAACAACGACGGUAUCUCGACGUUGUUUUAUUUGCAGAAAAUAUACCAAGACGAGUGGGAUAAUUUUAUAGAGCGAAUGCGGGGAGAAGGGAUGAAAGAUGACGAUGAGAUCUUCAAGACGAAAUCGCGAGAACUUCGAGUUUGGGCUUCGUAUCGUGGCCAAACGUUGGCCCGAACCGUUCGUGGAAUGAUGUAUUACUAUCGGGCUCUUAAGAUUCUGGCAUAUCUUGAUUCGGCAUCGGAGGUCGAUAUCAAGCAAGGAUCGCAAAAUAUCGACUACCGGAUGGCCCCACGGGGUGCGAGGAGUUUAAACCGAGCCAUGAGUAGCCUCGGUGUGCUAAAAGGGAACGAGGUCGCAGCCGCGAUGAUGAAGUUUACAUACGUUGUUUCGUGCCAAAAAUACGGAUCCCAGAAACAAAAAGGUGAGCAGCAAGCGGAGGACAUUUUAAAUUUGAUGAAGAAUAACGAGGCGCUACGGGUGGCGUAUGUCGACGAGGUUCGGUUGGGUCGAGAUGAGGUCGAGUAUUAUUCUGUGCUUGUGAAGUACGAUGAUCAAUCAAAGAAAGAAGAGGAGAUUUACCGGAUCAAGUUACCGGGCCCGAUGAAGCUCGGCGAGGGAAAACCCGAGAACCAAAACCACGCGAUUAUAUUCACUAGAGGGGAUGCGCUUCAAACGAUCGAUAUGAACCAAGAUAAUUCAUUCGAAGAAGCUCUUAAGAUGCGGAACCUUCUGGAAGAAUUUACGAUCAGUCACGGGAUCCGGAAACCGACGAUCCUCGGAGUUCGCGAAAACAUCUUCACCGGUACGGUGUCAUCGCUCGCUUGGUUCAUGUCGACUCAAGAAAUGAGCUUCGUGACACUUGGCCAACGGGUUCUUGCGAACCCUCUAAAGAUCCGCAUGCAUUACGGUCAUCCCGAUGUUUUCGAUCGGUUCUGGUUCAUUACUCGGGGUGGAAUCAGCAAAGCGUCGAAAACGAUCAAUAUUAGCGAAGAUAUAUUCGCCGGGUUUAAUUGCACACUGCGGGGCGGGAAUGUGACACAUCACGAGUAUAUUCAAGUUGGAAAAGGUCGGGAUGUCGGGUUGAAUCAGAUCUCGAUGUUCGAAGCGAAAGUAGCUUCUGGAAACGGCGAGCAGGUUUUGAGCCGAGAUGUGUACCGAUUAGGCCACCGGCUCGAUUUCUUUCGGAUGUUAUCGUUCUUUUAUUCGACCAUCGGGUUUUAUUACAACACGAUGAUUAUGAUCGUGAUGAUAUACACUCUUUUGUGGGGCCGGCUUUAUCUCGCAUUGAGUGGGAUCGAGGGGGCCGCGAUGGAUAAUACCCAAUACAACAAAGCGUUUGGGGCCGUUUUGAACCAGCAGUUCGUGGUCCAGAUCGGGGUUUUCACGGCACUUCCGAUGAUUGUCGAGAACUCGUUAGAACACGGGUUUUUAUCGGCCGUUUGGGAUUACAUCACGAUGCAGCUACAGCUCGCGUCAGUUUUCUUCACGUUCUCGAUGGGAACCCGAAGCCAUUAUUUCGGUCGAACCAUUCUUCACGGUGGAGCCAAAUACCAAGCCACGGGACGCGGGUUUGUGGUCGAACACAAGAGUUUUGCUGAUAACUACCGGUUGUAUGCACGAAGCCAUUUCGUGAAAGCGAUCGAGCUCGGUGUGAUCUUGACGGUUUACGCUUCGAACACCCCGUUAGCGAUCAGCAACUUCCUUUACAUAAUUUUAAACAUCUCGAGCUGGUUUCUUGUUGUCUCGUGGAUCAUGGCCCCGUUCGUGUUCAACCCGUCGGGUUUCGAUUGGUUGAAAACCGUGUACGAUUUCAACGAUUUCGUGAAAUGGUUGUGGUACGGUGGCGGUUCGUUAGCAAAGGCAGAAGUGAGCUGGGAAACAUGGUGGUACGAGGAACAAGAUCAUUUACGAACGACAGGUUUGUGGGGGAAGUUGCUCGAGAUCAUUCUUGAUCUUCGGUUUUUCUUUUUCCAAUAUGGAGUCGUAUACCACCUCAAUAUCGCGAAUAACAGUACGAGCAUCGUCGUAUAUUUGUUAUCGUGGGUUUUUAUGAUCGUGGCUGUCGGGAUUUAUAUCAUUAUAGCGUACGCUCAAGAUAAGUUUGCAGUGAAAGAACACGUGAAAUACCGGCUCGUGCAACUUCUCGUAUCGUUUUUGAUCGUUCUUGUGGUUAUCUUGAUGUUGGAGUUUACGAAAUUGACGAUUUUGGAUAUGUUUUGGAGUAUUUUGGGGUUUAUUCCGACCGGAUGGGGGAUCAUAUCCAUCGCGCAGGUUUUACGGCCGUUUCUCGAGAGCUCGGUUGUUUGGGAUACUGUUGUAUCGGUGGCUCGGCUCUACGAUAUGCUGAUCGGAAUGUUUGUUUUGGCUCCACUCGCGUUCUUAUCUUGGAUGCCCGGGUUUCAAGCGAUGCAGACGAGGAUUUUGUUCAACGAAGCGUUUAGCCGAGGCCUUCAGAUCUCUCGGAUUCUUACCGGGAAGAAUAUCAACAUGGAGUCGUGAUAUCGAGGCUUCAGGGACAUCCGUGGAUCGGACUUAUUUUUGCAUCGAUGGGAGGUCGGAAGGUUGUUAUUUUCGUAUUGUUAAACGUUCGAUUCGAUUUCUUUUUUGACAUUACAUUAGUAGUAGUCGUUCGAUUUGUACAUAUUAGCGUAGAAGCUAUUUAUAAAUUCGAUCUUAUGAUUCGGCAA